CUGGUUUUAGAAGAAGCUUCCGUCUUAGCAGAAAAGAUAAAAAAACAAACAAAUCUAUGUAUGAGUGCAAGAAGAGUGAUCAGUAUGAUACGGCAGAUAUCCCAACAUAUGAAGAAGUUGCAAAAUAUAGACGACAACCUAAUGACAAAUACAGGCUUGUAGUUUUGGUUGGUCCUGUAGGGGUUGGACUGAAUGAACUUAAACGGAAAUUGCUGAUCAGUGACACCCAGCAUUACGGGGUAACAGUGCCACACACUACCCGUCCAAGGAGAAGCCAAGAAAGUGAUGGUGUCGAGUACAUUUUCAUUUCCAAGCACUUGUUUGAGACAGACGUACAGAAUAACAAGUUUAUCGAGUAUGGCGAGUAUAAAAACAACUACUAUGGUACAAGUUUAGACUCUGUUCGAUCAGUUCUAGCUAAAAACAAAGUUUGUUUGUUGGAUUUGCAGCCUCAUACAGUGAAACACUUACGGACAUACGAAUUUAAACCAUUUGUUAUAUUUAUAAAACCUCCAUCACUUGACCGUUUGAGAGAGACCAGAAAAAAUGCCAAGAUUAUUUCAAGUAAAGAUGAUAAGGGAACUGCAAAACCCUUUACAGAAGAAGACUUUCAAGAAAUGAUUAAGUCUGCUCAUGUGAUGGAGAGCCAGUACGGCCACCUUUUCGAUAAGGUGAUAGUCAACGAUGACCUCGCUACAGCUUACAGUGAGCUUAAAACCACUUUUGACAGGUUGGAGACCGAGACCUUCUGGGUUCCUGUCAGCUGGCUACAUUCAUAA